UCCCUUGAUUAAUGGCCCUUGGUAAUGUGUAGGAGGCGACAGAUGGGACAAGAAGAAGGAGGUCUGAGCACUGGGGUUUCUGAGGGUGCUAAUAGUUCACAGACUUCUCUCUUUUGAGUUGAAGAAGUCAAGCAGGGCUGAAAAUUUCAGCUGUGGACCAGAGAAUGCAAUUUGGAGCUGAGGCCGGAAGGAUCUCUGCAUUCCGCUCUGCUGCUUCCUGCACUGCCCUCUGCCACCUCAUCACCCUGACUGCAGGCCUCCGUGGUGGGGGUGGGGAGUGUGGGAGAAGGGACACCUUCCUUCCCAGAGGGCCUCCUGGAGAACGAUCCAAGAUGUCCAGUCCCCUGGAGCAGGCGCUGGCUGUGAUGGUCACCACCUUCCACAAGUACUCGGGCAAAGAGGGUGACAAGUUCAAGCUGAGUAAGGGGGAGAUGAAGGACCUUCUGCACAAGGAGCUGCCCAGCUUUGUGGGGGCGGAGGUAGAUGAGGAGGGGCUGAAGAAGCUGAUGAACACCCUCGAUGAGAACAGUGACCUGCAGGUGGACUUCCAGGAGUAUGCUGUCUUCCUGGCCCUCGUCACGAUGAUGUGCAACGAUUUCUUCCAGGGCUGCCCACAGCGGCCCUGAAGCGGACUCUCAACCCUCUGCCCAUGGGUCUCUGGGGCCCAGGAGGACUCUCCAUCCCUUUUGGUUUUUCACUCAAUAAAUGAUUUUGUUUGAAGAUGA